UCAGUGUCAAAGAUGGCUCCGUGAAGAAAAAAGUGUGAAAAAUCGAAGUGGAAUUGAUUUUGUGUAUGUUAUCACUUGUUUUCCAAUUGAUUGCGGGUCUGAUACUGUUGCUAUUCUGUGUACACUACAUUUACUACAUCCUCGCCUUCCUCAUCACCGAUGAUAUGCAGUCUGAGGAUGCCAAGUACAUAAAAAAACGCUGGAAGGGUGGCACCAUCGAGCCCCAUCCCACGGAGAAGGCCAUUAUUGUGCACUACAAGCUCGAGGCGGCGGUGUUUGGGGAGCCCGGAGACCCCAUGCUGGAGGAGAAGAAGGAUUGCCAGCGCGUGAUCCGCCUGAAGAACCUCAGCGGCAAGACCGAUCCGGCCACGUUGGCCAGGGAAGUGGUGGAGAAGUGCGAUCUCAUCCACAAUUCGCAGCUCUCGGACGUGGAGCAGAUCAUUUACUACCUGAAGAACCGUCGGGACAACGUCGGCAGCGAGAUGGACAACCAGAGGGCUCAGUCGCGGACAACGAGUGAGAAGGUCCCGAUGGUGUCGUCGACGGAGUUGGAGAAGGCGUCAAUUCGUGUGAUCGACACGUACGUUGAACUGCUUUACGAUGAACUGCCGGACAAGAUCCGGGGAUCGGCGCUGAUUCUGCAGUUGGCGCGCAAUCCGGACAAUUUGGAGGAGUUGGAGAAGAAUGAGGCAGUUCUGUGUGCACUCUCGCGUGUCCUUCGCGAGGACUGGCGAAAGAGUCUCGACCUCUCCACGAAUAUCGUGUACAUCUUCUUCUGCUUCUCAACGUACACGCACUUUCAUCCGGUGAUUGUGAAUCACAAGAUUGGAUCGCUGUGCAUGGAUGUGAUUGACUAUGAGCUGAAGCGAUAUGAGCAGAUGAAGAAUGACGUGGAGAUGAGGAAGAGUAACGAUGGGAAGGCGGAGAAGCAGGUGGUGGCGCAGCAGAGCACAGAAUCGGCCGACAACAUUGAUCUGAUGAAUGAGGAGCGUCCGAAGGACAUGGAGCCGCCGAGAAGGCGAAUUCCGGAGCUGAAGCAGCGUCCAAAGUCUGGCAACUGGUCGAGUUUCCACGGAUCGCUGUCCUCAGUGAAUCCACUGGUAAGGUCUCGUGGGAUGAACAACAGCUACCACGAAUUCCUCAGCAAUGAGGUGGAGUGCGGCGUGAAGGCGGAGAAGGAUGCCAAGGUGCAGAAGGAGGAGCUGGAGAGGCUGAGCAAGCAGCUGAGGAUCUUCGCGAAGAAGCAGGAGCAACUGCUGCGCGUGGCCUUCUAUUUGCUGCUCAAUAUUGCGGAGAAUGUGAAGUUGGAGGAGAAGAUACGCAAGAAGAUGAUCAUCAGGAUGCUGGUGAAGGUGCUCGAUCGGCAGAACAUCGAUCUGCUCAUUCUCGUGGUGACAUUCCUCAAGAAGUUGUCCAUUGUGAAGGACAACAAGGAUGAGAUGUACGAGCUGAAUGUGGUGGAGAAACUGCCACGACUUCUGCAGAGUUCGCAUCCGGAUCUCAUUCAAGUCACGCUCAAGUUGAUCUUCAAUCUGUCGUUUGACGGCGCUUUGCGGGGGAAGAUGAUCCGUGUGGGAUUUCUGCCCAAACUUGUGACUUUCCUCAGUGACGAUAAGCAUCACGACAUCGUCCUCAAGAUUCUCUACCACAUGAGCAUGGAUGACAAGGUGAAGUCAAUGUUCACGUACACAGAUUGUGUGCCUCUAAUCACGGACAUGCUGCUGCUGAAUCUCAAUCAGAAGUGCGACAUGGAUUUGAUCGCGCUCGCCAUCAAUUUGGCGCUGAACAAGCGCAAUGCGCAGCUCAUGAUUGAGAACAAUCGGCUGCACAAUUUGAUGGUGAGAGCGUUCAAGUAUCAGGACUCGCUACUCAUGAAGAUGAUCCGUAAUAUUUCCCACCAUGAAAAUCUGCGCAUCCACUUUGUGGACUUUGUGGGCGAUCUGGCGAAGAUCCUCACGGAGUGCGAAGAGGAGGCUUUUGUGGUGGAAUGCCUGGGCAUUCUGGGCAAUCUGGCGCUGCCUGAUCUCGAUUACUCGCAGAUUCUGCACAACUUCAAUCUCAUUCAGUGGAUCAGACAAGUGUUGGUGCCGGGAAAGAUGCAGGACGACAUUGUCUUGGACACCAUCGUCUUCCUGGGCACGUGCGCGUGCGACGAGUCGUGUGCGAUGCUGCUGUGCAAGGCGGAUGUCAUCCUGUCGCUGAUUGAGCUGCUGAAGGCGAAGCAGGAGGACGAUGAGAUCGUGCUGCAGAUUGUCUUCGUGUUCCAGCAAAUUCUGCGAAAUGAGAGCACCAGAAACUACAUGAUCAGAGAGACAGAAUCGCCGGCCUACUUGAUUGAUCUGAUGCACGACAAGAAUACGGAGAUCAGGAAGGUCUGCGAUCACUGCCUGGACAUCAUAGCCUUCAGUGACUCGGACUGGGCGUCGAGGAUCAAGCUGGAGAAGUUCCGGAAUCACAACGCUCAGUGGCUGACAAUGGUGGAGACGCAGCAGGAUCACGAGGAGAGUCAGGAUUUUGGGAAUGUGGACGACGUGGAUCUGCAGUCCUUCAUACCUUCGGAGUAUCUCGAGCAGUGUCGCCUGUAUCAGUCUGGCGAGUCCAACGAUGACUCGGAGAGCAAUUAUCGUGCCGCCUCGGCGCUCUCCAACUACAGCCGGCCGCUGAGCAGUCACGACGAGGACUUCGAUGCGGCCAAGGGCAGAGAGGACGAUGCCAAGUUCCCGCAGGACACCAGCAUGAAGGAGCUGGAACUGGAUGGCGAGGAGGAGCCGCUGCUGCUUGCCUGAAUGCGCGCUGAGUUUGAGUUUCUGCCAAUUGAGCGCAAUUUUUCACUUUCUAGUCCUUGUGUUGUGAUAUUGAUACUUUGUCGAUACAAUUUAGUUGGUAGUGAUUUACCUUUUUUGUUACAGCAAGUUUAACUUUAUUUUGUUAUUAAUUUUUUCUACUAUACCGCAAUUGAUGCUUGUCUAAUGUGAAACAAUUAUCGGAGUAAUAAAAGUAAUACAUUUAAC